AUGAAGAGCAAAGACGGAUUGCUGCUCUGGUUGCAUUUAAGGUUUGUUCUGUACCAAAACAUAUCCUGAAUCCCCCCCAACUUUGGGGCUGAGGAUGUCUGAUGAGAUAGUGGGAAGUGUGCCUCACUCCGUGUCCAAGAAGGAGCAAGUGUUUAGAGCACUGAGGCUAGGGCAGCAGCUUUGAUCGGAACCUCACAGUAACUGGAAGAAAGCAGCAGAGCAAGGCCGGGCAACAUUUGUCGGGACUGUGGCUUCUGCCUUUACCCGCCCCCUGCCCCCACCAAUCACACCCUACCCUUUUCGGGAAGAGCCUCGAUGCUGAAUUUCAAAAUGCACUGAGAAGUGACUGAAACAUCCCUCCCAACCCCCUCUGACCUUUGCCAACUGACUACACAAAAACCUCGGAGAACAGAUACUUGCCUUGUGGAUGUACAGCAGCAAUUGACCUUAGUGCACUAUGUCGUUGAGGAGAACAGAUGGGGCAUCUAUUAUCCAAGCCUUGGCGAUGACUGUGGCUGAGAUUCCAGUAUUCCUGUACUCUACGUUUGGGCAGUCCAUCUUCUCGCAACUGAGGCUGUCUCCGGGGCUGAAGAAGGUGCUUUUUGCAACAGCUUUGGGAACAGUGGCCUUGGCCCUCACAGCACACCAGCUGAAGAGGAGAGGCCGGAGGAAAAAGCAAGAUGCGGAGAAAUGCAGAGAGUCUCAGCUCCCUGCACUGGGCAGACUUCCACCCUUAAAGAGAGCAACCCCACCCAAAAGAGUGCAGAGCCCAGGGAGUAAAAGCAACGAUACACUUAGCGCAAUCUCCUCCAGUGUGCUCAGCAGGCGAUCCAGCUCUUCCCAUAGUCUAACAUCGGUGCGACCAGCAAACUCGCCAAAUCCACCAGGCUUGCCAACUGAACCUUGGGAAGCAGGAGCUGUUCAGGAAGAGAAUGAAACAGCAGAGGAUUCCAAUGCUGAGAACCUAUACGUUAUUGGGAUGGAGCUGUUUGAAGAAGCUUUGCAAAAGUGGGAACUCGCCCUGACCAAACGGCAGAGGAGUGGCUCUGAAACAGAAAGAAAGAAUUGUCUGAUGAACCUAGGAGUGAGCGGUGGGACUGGGGACAACUGUGAGCCAUCAAGAAACAAGGAGUUUUCGCAGAAGCUGGAAGCCCUGCUGCAUCGCGCGUACCGGCUGCAGGAAGAGUUUGGGGAGACUGUGCCUUCUAACAGUGUGCUGGCUGAUUUUGAGUGUGUUGGGGCUCUGGCCCUUCCCUAUGGAGAGGAUUCUGGGAGGUGUUAUUUCGAUGAUGACGCCAGUGUGACUUCAGAGGACUCAUUCUUUUCAGCGGCAGAGCUAUUUGAUUCUUUAUCAUUUGAUGAAGAGAGAUAUCACUCGUCCAGAUCAUCCGCUUUAUACGAAGAAGCCAUGAGGAUUGUUCACGAUGACCAGGUUGCCUGCAGAUCAUUCAGAACAGACCUUCUGGAAUGCUAUAGCGACGAGGACUUCCUGGCGAAACUACACUGUGUGCGUCAGGCAUUUGAGAUAUUGCUGCAAGAUGAGGCAAACCGGCUUUACUUCAGUAAAAUUGGGAAGCAGAUGAUUACAGGACUGAUGUCCAGUGCAGGAAAGAAUGUAAAUAGAUUCCAUGAGACUUACCAGGAAAUGCUGCACUAUGCAGCAAGAGAAGAAACCUGGGUAACGACGAAGAGAGAGCUGGAGGGACGAGGGGUUGUGUGCAUGAGCUUCUUUGACAUUGUGUUGGAUUUUAUUCUGAUGGAUGCCUUUGAGGACUUGGAAAGCCCUCCUUCGUCUGUAGUGGCUGUUUUACGGAACCGCUGGCUCUCAGAUAGUUUUAAGGAGACGGCUCUUGCCACAGCUUGUUGGUCGGUGUUGAAAGCAAAAAGGCGACUGCUGCAGGUCCCUGAUGGUUUCAUUUCCCAUUUUUACUCCAUUUCGGAGCACGUCAGUCCUGUCCUUGCCUGGGGCUUUCUUGGACCAAAGCAACACCUCUGUGAAGUUUGCACUAUCUUUAAGCAACAAAUUCUCCAGUAUUUGAAGGACAUGUUUGAUGUGGACAAGGUGCGAUACACUACAGUGAAUUCACUGGCGGAUGACAUUGUGCAGUUGUCGCGGAGACGCAGUGAGAUUCUCCUUGGCUACCUGGGUGUUGAUGCAGUAACGGAAAUGAAUGGGACUAUACCCACUGACAAUGGACCUUUGGAAGAGGCCAGUCUUGUAUGAAACCCGGCACAAAGAAUCAGCCUUGAAAAGUUCAUUUCUGCCUUUUGGAGUAAUUUGGAGCGUGCUACAUCAACAAUUGAAAGAAGGUGAGACUACUCACUGUAAGAUGGAAAGGUGUGGAGAUUUGAUUUGUUUUUGAGGUGGUGGGCUUUGUGACCAUCUGUUGGAGCUUUGGAGAUUCAGACCAGAUCGGGUUCCCUGAUGCAAUCGGAUUCUGAGAUAAUUACUGACUACUGCUCUGGAAAGCUCACUUUAAUUAAUGGAUUUCUUUUUUUCCAACAAUGUGACAUAGAGGCUACUUAUAAAUCAGCCAAUAAAUCUUUUCCAGAAUUAUAUCCUGUUGGUCAUUGAAGGAUUUAUAAUAGGACUACUGAAUGUAUUAGGAUGUUAAGCAGUGGUUUCUAUUGAGUUGAAAUUUUUGUUUUGUUUUCUUCCUGAAUUGUGAUUGAGGCUUGUGGAAAACACUGAUACUGGAGGAAUGGAACAAAUGUGUUUGUGAUGUAGUGCUCAGAAAAUAAAGUGGCUGCUGAUUUUUUUUUUGAAAGAGUCUGCAGGAGAAGUUGGUAUCUAGAGAGCGAUCUGCUUGAGGGACUGGGUGUUGUGGUCAGAGAGGACACUGGCCCCUUUGCCACCAGUUCCUGGGUUGAAAUCCCAGCUCAGACUAGGAUGAAAUUCCAUUCUGGCUGACUGGUUGGCGUGAGGGUUCUGGGUGUGAUGAGUUUGGGCAGCCUACAGCCCUGAUGGGCGAGUGUCCUCAGCACAAUAUCUAUCAGCCUCAGUUGGAGAGGCUACAAGGGAGACUGGAGUCAAAGUAACACAGUCAAGGGGUUUUAUCCUGCCUUUGGGGGUUAAAGUGCAUAAUUUUAAGAGAGAGGUUUUUUUUAAACCUUGCAUCUUACUGCAAGGUAUACCUGAUCUGUGAGUACUUGAUAGGACAAGGUGGAGGAGGGGCAUUUUGAUUCCAAGGCUGUGUGGGCUCACCAGUUUGCAAGCUGUACUGUGUACACAAAGGUUUUUUUUUUUGAUAAUGUGCCAGUAAGUGUUCAUGCCCAAUAAAAGUCCAAUGGUCUGGUUUUUUUUUUGAAAGGGAUAGCCAGUUUGGCUAUGUAGAAAUCAGAUUUGUUAAUGCACUUUAUUUACAUAAAAAAAAAUUUUUGGCCCAAAUUGAGCAAAUCCACACCCCUCAUCCCAGCCCAAACGAUAGUUGUAUCUAUUUUAAAGAGAGGAUUUGCAUUUUUAUAGCAAAUUUCACGACCUCAGAAGUCCCAAAAUGUUUUACAACCAAUGGAAAAUUUAGUAGUGCACUCAGUUGUAAUGUAGGAAAUGCUGCAAUCAGUUGGCACUCAGCAAGAUUCCACAAACAGCAUGGUGAUAAUAAUGGAAUAAUCUAUUUUUUGCAUAUGAUAUUUGUUGAGGAAUAAAUAUUGGCCAAGUGCCAUGAAAUCUUUAUGUCAUCUGAAUAGGCAACUAGGCAACAUUGUUUAACGGCUCAUUCAAAAGACAGUAUCUUCAACAGUGCAGCAUAUUCUCAGUACUGCACUGGGUGUGUCAGCCGAGAAUUUGUUCUCCAAUCUCUAGAGUGGGAUAGUAGGGAUACAUUCUAGUAGCUGAUGAAAGUUAGAGAGCUCCCCAUUGCUUUUGCACUGAGAAUGUGAAUUUGGCAACGAUUCAUACAUAACAUGGCUGCUUCUGACCCAAACCUCCUUUAUCUUGCACCCCCCCCACACACACCCCACUUUUGUGACUUGCCUAGUUACGAUCUGGCAUCAUAAAUGACAUUCAGUGGUGGUUCCUCUCCUAAUUUGGAGAAGGCAAGCAAAUACUAUUAGGAAGCAGUGUGCACUCAGCAGUAAAGCUCACAGGCUUCUAGUUGCUGCUGCUCCCCCCAUCUCCUCCUCCUCCCCCCCAUCUCCUCCUCCUCCCCCCCAUCUCCUCCUC